GUUUCAAUUUGUUUGCCUGGUUUUUGACUUAGAACGGACUUUAAGAAAGUAUAAAGUGACUUUUGAAUUUUGUGGUUUUAUGAUGUGUCAAAAUGUAUCAAACUGCUAUUUAAUCUUGUGGUCUUAGACUUAUCUCUUGGAAAGUUGUAAUUAAAGAGUUAAUCAAAAAGGAAAGAAAUGGUAUUUAUGAAAAGGAUUGAGUGACACGUGGUAAGUUGGAAUUAAAGAGAGUGACCGAAAAGGAAAGAAAUGGUCUUUUUGAAACGGACUGAAUGACAAGUGGAAAGUUGGAAUUAAAAAAUCGGCAAAAAAGGAAAGAAACAGUCUUUUUGAAAUGGAUUAAAUGACACGUGGAAAGUUGGAAUUAAAGAGUCGACUAAAAAGGAAAGAAACGUUUUUUUUGAAACGGAUUGAAAAGGAAAGCAGGACAAAUAAACUGAGACGGAGUGGGUAUAUACAGAACUAUAUAGAUGUAUACGCACUCUGCAUAUGUGUGUGUGUGUGUUUGGAGAAUUGUAUGGACAGAGAAGAAUACCUAGCUGCUUUGGUUGAUUGCGCGAUGCGUGAAGCGAUUUUCCAAAUUUUGAAGGAAGAAACUUCACUUGAGCUAAUAAUGGGAAGUUAUGAACUUCUAAAUGAGUUGGAUAAGCGCUUUCCUAGGGUGUGCUUGCCCAAAAUGGAGGAGCCAGCAUCAUGUCUAGCACCAACCACUCUCCGUGAAUCUGCUGUAGUUGAAGAGGCCUGGUGUCCAUUUACUCUUGGGUUGGAUAGGAACGAGGAAACAAAUAAAUGUUCAAGUGGAUCAAUUGAUUUCUUGGGCUUUCAUUCGCUAAUACAAGAACUUGGGGAAAUGACCAGACAGAAGUCCAAAGCAUUAGACACAAAGAUAUUAAGGAAGAUGUUACUACUACACUAUCUUGUCAGUGUGCUUGAAGGAGAUUUUGUGCCUCGUCACGAAGCAUUCAAAGAUAAGAUAAGUUGGACCCUUUUACGGGAUUCGUUGCUCAACAUGCUUCUGGGCUCAAGAAAAAUCAUAUAUAAAGGCUUGGUUAAGGACUGCCUGUCGGUUAUAUGUGAUGUGUUCUCUGACUUAUCUGAUCAAUCCGAGUCCUCCUCUGAUGUGGAUUCAGUGGCACCUCUUUCAAACAAGCUAUCAUAUAAUUGCAUUGCUGCUUUUGCACUAGCAUUACCUGAACUUAAACGAUCUACUUGUAUCUAUCUGAAGAAGCUCCUGAGAAUGAUGAUGGAUCUGGACGCAUCACGGAACGUGGCACAUGUUCAAGGCCUUACCACCAGAGCUGAUGGCGUGAGAUCACCUGCUUCAGAGAUCAUUUUGGAUGAACUUGCUUACAAUUCUGAUAUGCUCUCCUCAUUUUUUCAGGUCUUUGAUGAACCUUGGUGGAAGCUGAAAACGAUCACGCAGUAUUUUCAGAAGUACAUUCCUAAGACUUCUGUUCAUACAAGGAGAUCCAAUGUUCCUGUGAAUGGUUCCUCAUUUGAAGGUGUUCUAAAGUGCUUCUCGAACAGCAGCAGCACCAAAAAUAUCAUUAAAAAAAUUGGAGCGGAUGUUGCUCAGCUGCUUAUAGGACAUGCCUUUUUGGCUUACUUGUCAGUAUCGAUGGAAUCUUCUGCUGAAAAUGAUGAUUUUGAAGAGAUAUUGAAAGGAAGCUCUCUCACAGAAAUCUGCAAGCACAUAAUAGCUGCUUUUACUUCUAUCAGAAAAGAAGACAAGAACACCGAAAUUUUAAAUUUUGGUAAAGAAGCGGUGUUUACGGCAGCAACCAUUCUCUCAACUAAGUCAUAGGAGAAACGGAUGUUACUAUUUGUUGUUAGUAAUGUAUAUUUGGUCAAGUGGACGCAAUUAGCUAGCCCCUACUUGAAGUUGGUUAAAUGGUGCUUCCACACAGCCAAUAGGGGUCAAAUGCUGGUCGAGGAACCUCAGUGAAAGCUACAUUUGUCUUCUUUCUAUAGUGAUGGAUGAAAUUUAAUUUUCGCCACUAUAUUGUAAUGGUACAAUAGACAGCAAAAUAGAUUUGCAUUUUAUUUUCCGUCUUCUGGCUGUUGAACUGAUCAAGGCACUCCUUUAUAGCAAAAGGAACUGACGGAAGCUCGUUUGUUGAAGGAAAAAUGAAAACGAGUAUCUAGUAAAGGGGAAAUUUAUUCAUGCAAUAAUUUAAUGAAUAAAUUGUAGUACAAUGUUUGGUAGU